AUGAAUACCGUCCCUUGGAAAGAUGCAAACGACGGCGUUUCAGGCCGGACUAGGAAACGACGUGAAGGAGAAGGAGAAGUAGAAGAAGAUGCGGAAGAAGCCGUCGUCGUUGCCGUAGCCACCAGUGGAAAAACAGUAACUACGAAGCCGUCAACCUCGAUUUCUUCUCCUUCUUCUUCGUUUUCGUGGAUGAAAUCGAAGGAUCCAAGGAUUGUUAGGGUUUCACGCGCCUUUGGAGGCAAAGACCGUCACAGCAAAGUGUGUACGUUGCGUGGACUACGUGACAGACGCGUGAGAUUAUCAGUCCCCACGGCUAUCCAGCUCUAUGACCUUCAAGAACGGCUCGGCCUUGACCAGCCUAGCAAAGCUGUUGACUGGUUGCUCGAUGCAGCGAAAGAUGAGAUCGAUGAGCUUCCUCCGUUGCCCGUCUCGCCGGAAACUUUCAGUUUUUUCAACCAUCAUCAGUCUUACUUGAAUCUUGGUCAACGUUCGGGUCAAGAUCCGACACAACUCGGGUUUAAAAUCAAUGGAUGUGUAGAAGAGUCUACUAGCCGUGAAGAACAUAACAAAGAGAGGGGAGAAAACGAUGCCGUUUUCGUGAACAAUCAUCAUAUUGGGUCUUAUGGAACCUAUCACAACAUUGGACAACAACAACAACAACAACAUUCGAGUUUUCAGGCAGAUUAUCACCAUCAUCAACAUCAACAUCAACUACAUAGUCUUGUCCCAUUUCCAUCGCAAAUCUUGCUAUGUCCAAUGACGACAUCAUCAAUAACAACAACUAUACAAUCUUUGUUUCCCUCAUCGUCAUCAGCUAGUUCGGGUACUAUGGAGACAACAGAUCCGAGGCAAAUGGUAAGCCAUUUUCAAAUGCCAUUGUUAAGUGGUUCUUCAUCUUCAGCAUCCCAAAACAUUUCGACUUUGUACUCAUUGUUACAUGGUAGUGGUAGCAACAAUGGUACUAGUAACCGGAUGUCGUCUGUCCAAUUCAACCGGACAAGUAGAGGAAGUGAUAAUCCGAUGUGA